UUUACUCUGAAACGAUGCGGCUACAUUUACUAUGCAGCGGGUUAAAAUACUGUAACACUGCUGGAUUUAUGGGAUUUGAUUUUCCUUCACGGUGAUUUUUUUGAGGUAAAUCUAUGAUCGUAUAAGUAUGGAGACUGAUAUUCAAGUCAUGUUAGAGCAGUUCAUGACCAGCCCUCUUGUUACUUGGGUUAAGACAUUUGGUCAGCUAGGUGACAAAGAAAGCAACAUAUUCUCUGAAUACAUUGAAUUGGUUGGCGGUAUAUUCCUGAACAAAGUCAUGGACCAAAUAAAUCCCAAAGGGACUGGUCAAGGACUAAACAAAGUAAAUAAUGAUGUCGCUCAGAGAGCUCAAAACCUGUCUGUUCUCAUGUACCACAUCAAAACGUACUACCAGGAAACCCUGCAUCAGCUGAUAAUGGUUUCUCCUCCCAAUGUGCUUCUGCUAGGCAGGAAUCCAGUCUGUGAGGAAAGUCUGGAAGAAAUCAGCAAGUUGCUCUUACUGUUACUUGGAUGUGCUGUACAGUGUGAAAAGAAAGAAGAGUAUAUUGAGAAGAUCCAGAGUCUUGAUUUUGACACAAAAGCAGCAAUCGCAGCUCAUAUUCAAGAGGUGACCCACUGUCAGGAGAACGUGUUCGAUCUGCAUUGGUUGGAAAUGGAGGGUUUGUGUCCAGAUGAAUGGGAAAAUCUUUGCAGAAAUAUGACCUUUAGUCUUAAAAUGCUUGUGGACCAGAGAGACCGUCAGUUUGAGACCAUAGUGGAGCUGAUGCAGGGGAAUGAGAUGAUACAGUCUGCAGUGUUUUGUGAAAGCCCCUCCCUCUCCGAAUCCUCCGGCUGCCACCUCCCUUUAUCCCAGCAGCAUCUGGCACUGGAGCUGAGCGAUGCUAAAGCCAAGAUCAGACGCCUCCGACAGGAACUAGAAGAGAAGAGUGAACAGCUAUUGGACUGUAGACAAGACCUAGAUAACGUGGAGGCGGAGCUUAAAAAGCUUCAGCAGGAGAACAUGCAUCUUUUAACAGAUGCACGAGCAGCCAGGAUGUACCGUGAUGAGCUGGACGCGAUGAAAGAAAGAGCCUUCAGAGCCGACAAACUGGAGAGUGAAGUGGCACGCUACCGAGAUAAACUUCACAACAUGAAUUUUUACAAGGUCAAACUAGAGGAGUUAAAAGAGGAUAAUCAGGUGUUGAUGGAAAGCAAGGUCAUGCUGGAGGAACAGCUAGAGAGCAUGAAAGCACGAUCUGACAAAGUGCACCAUCUGGAGAAACACAACCUGCUGCUGGAAGCAAAAUUUCAUGACAUGGAGGAGGAACAAGCUGUUGACAGAAGACUCAUAGAGGAGUUGAUGGAGAGAAACGUUGAACUGGAGCUCUCUCACAAACGGACCAUGGAGGAGUCACAACGUCUCGGCUGGGAGCUGGAACAGCUUGACAAGAACCCUGAGCAGAAUUCAGUAACAGAGCGGAAGUCUUUAGGCCAGGAGGUCACAGAAAGAACAUGUAGCAGGUUGCUGAAAUUGGAAAAGGAGAACCAGAGGUUACUGAAGGCUCUAGAGGAACUUGAAGGAACCAGACUCUCAUCAGAUGGCUUACUUUCUUAUUCAAGUCAGGGGUGCCCUGCAUACCACCCAUCUCAAAGAGCUUUGGAGAUUGACAUCAACGAGCAAGGAGACAAUGAAAGUAAUCACAAAUUAUGGGAGAAGGAAGGAACAACAGAUGCUAAAUCUGAACAUGCAGAGGAAAAUGGCAGAAUGGAUUUAGCGGAUUGUAAGACUACCGAGUCUUCUCUCGGCAUUGCCACCAGCCACAAUGGCCAAAUGACGGCACAGAUCCAGAUUACCAGUGACACACUACAUCUUCAUGAAUCCUUGGAAGACAGUGUAGGCAAGAUCCAUUGUCUUGAAUCAGAACUUCAUAAGCUUGAGUUGCAGAGAUUCAAGUUAGUCUCCAACAAACACGAAGGACUGGAGAUAGAAAAGCAAGAUCAAGUUCUGGAGAAUGGCCAUCUAGAGCCAGAAAAGAGUCAUUUGAAGAAGGAAAAUCUGAGACUACGACAGCAAGUGAAGAUCCAGGAGGUGUCUUUGGAAAGCAGUGGCUUAAAAUUGGCAGUUUUACAGAAAGAGAACCGUAAUAUGGUUAAGAAGGUUAACUGUCUUACUGAGGUCUAUGCCAACAACAAAGACUUGAAGAAGAAAAAUCAAGAGCUUCUUCAGCAGACUGCGAUGAACAAGAAGUUGCUGAACACUGAGCUGCUUGACCAGAAGAUGAAAGCUCAGCAGAAGGAGACCGAUCUUGAGAAAGUGACUUGCGAAUUGGAGAAGCUGAGGUUGAAGCAGCUGACACUAAUAGGAGAUCGGGAGUCGUUGGACCAGAACAUGGGUCAAAAGUUGGAUUCAGAGCUGGAGUCUUCUCUGAUGAAGUCUCUAAAGAUUAAAAAGGAGAGAAUGACCAGUUUAGAGGCCCAUCUGCAGGAAUCAACCAAGAUAAACCAACAACUACAGCAGGAUCUCAAGACUAUCAAACAGAACUAUGAGGCUUUGCUUAAGAGGCAGGAGGAGGAGGAGAAUGCAGAUCAGAGCUCUCCAUCAGAGAGGGAGUGGCAUAGAGAGAGCCAAAAAGCCACAUGGGCGUUGCUGAAGGUCAAAGAUCAACUUAUAGACGUGGAGAGAAACAAUGCAACGUUAUUGGCAGAAAAGCAAGGAUUGCACACUCAGCUGCAGAGCUUGCAGACGCAGUCAGAUGAGUUGCGAGCACAAAUAGUUGUAUUGCAACAGCAGGCGGCAUCAUUGCAAGAGAGCAACACAACUCUGCAGAAGCACAACGCACAACUGCAAGUAGAGAAGUCCACUGUGUCUACCCAGAAUGCCUCUCUAAUAGCCCAUAAUGCUCAGCUGCAGCGGGAGCAUCAAAGAUCAGAUGCCGAGAAGGAGGCUGCGGUACAAGAAAGAGAAGAUCUGCGUACCGUUAAUGAACUCCUCCUGCGAGAUCACGAGAGACUGAGCGUCCUGCACGAGAGACAGGCGGCCGAGCUGGAGGUCCUUUCACACAGAUACUCCACACUGGAGAGCGGCCAUCGAACCCUGGAGAUUGAACACCGAUCACUGGAGGACAGAUAUGAAACCCUACUUCAUCAGAGAGCUCACCUUGAGGGUUUUGAGAGAGCUUUGAGAGAGGAACAACACAAGAUGCAGGAUGAAAUAUUAACACAAAGAAACACAACUGCAGAAUGCCAUAGACUACGAGAUGAGAAGGACUGGCUGAACCAGACCUAUCAAAAGCUGUUAGCAGAAAAUGAGGGACUUCAGGCGGAGCACAGGGAGAUGAAGAGUCAGCUGAACUCCAGCAAACUAGAGCAGAAACAGCUGGAGUCUGAGCUUUUCAAACUCAAAGAGCACAACCAACACCUGGACAUCAUCACCAUUAAACUGAGCAACCAGUGUGAGUUGCUGACCCAACUGAAGGGGAACUUGGAGGAAGAAAAUCGACACUUGCUGGACCAGAUCCAGAGCGUGAUGCUGCAGAACCGGACCCUGCUAGAUCAGACCAUGGAGAGCAAGGACCUGUUCCAUGUAGAACAAAGACAAUAUAUAGACAAACUGAAUGAACUUCGGAGGCAGAAGGAAAAGUUGGAAGAGAAAAUCAUGGACCAGUAUAAGUUCUAUGACCCAUCACCUCCACGCAGACGAGGAAACUGGAUUACGCUGAAGAUGAGGAAGCUGAUGAAGACUCGAAAUCGGGAACAUUCCUCUGCACCUCCCCUCCGCUCCGAGUCCUGUGAGGGUCUGGAUAACCUGCGUUGCCGUGACAAUGGUUCCUUCACCGGUUCCCAGGGCUCGGAAGAAUCUGGCUCCAACUCCCUGAAUGGUGAUGGUUUCUCCCCCAGGAAGAGCAGCAUCAUCCCAAAGAAAAUGUUUCAUGUUAAACGUAACAGAGCAAAGGAUAAAGACAAAGCCAAGUCCCUCUUCCGUCGAUCUCUGUCCAUGUAUGACCUACUGAACACCGAGGAGGAUUUGGACGAAGACUCUGAACAGCCGGAGAGACGAGCAGAAGAAAACAUAUUACAGCACUCCAUUGCCAUGUCAAUACACUCCACAUCAUCACCGUCAUCCAUACAUCAUUACUGUUCCAUAGACAGUCAUAAAACCGUUCUCGAUGAAGGUAAAGAUACAAUACCACAAUGUGUUACAAAUGGCCAUGAAGACCAAAAUCAUGCAGGUUUAAAUGGUAAAUCAAGUCGCGCCCCCAGUGCGAGCAGUGGCGAGUUUAGUUUGAGUUUGGAGAAUGAAGCUUGGUCCAGUGACAGCAGCCCACAUCCGGACCCACUCUACAAAAAUCACAGAACCAGCAUCUCCUCUUCUCCAGCUCAACCCGGUCACGAGGAGUCCAGACAGUGUUGUUCAUCAGCGAGUGGAGUACAGAGAUCCAGCAGUGGGAGAUCUACUGGAGAUACGCCGGACAAAUCGGGCAUCGGUUUGUAUAAAACUCAAAGCAUCCAAAGCACGGAGGGUGAUCCAAAACUCGAGACCCAAGAAAAGCAUUCCUCUGUAUCUGGCUGUUUGAAUUGCUUCGUCUCUCCGAUGCGAAGCCCCAAGACGGGCCAGGCUCUUUUCAGUUUACCUCGUGCCAGCUGUGUCAUCUCCACAUCAGAGGGCAACAGUCGGCGCGCAAGCGUCCACAGCACCACUUCUGGGAAAUCUGUGGCAUCUCAAAUGACUCCAUCUGAGCCUAGCAAGGGCGAUUUAGAAGAAACCCCAGACUUGGAAGAGGAGGACAGAAAACCAGAAAUUGUUUUAGACUCUGCAUUCACCAUAGAUUCAGUCUUUACAAACACUAUUUUUAGCGAGUCUACUUAAAUAACAAUCACACCAGGAUCUAAACACCCCAUACAUUAAUGUAUUUGGCAGAUGCUUUUAUCCAAAGCAACUUAGGCUGGAUUUACACUGCAAAUCUAGAUGCCAAAUUCCGAUUUGUUGUCUCUAUCCGACUCGCUUACAUCAUCUUUUAAAAGCGACUCGUAUCUGAUAUCACCAUUUACACUAAACACUUGAAAAGGCAAUUCAAGGUACGUCUUGAGAUGGGAAAAUCUGAUCUGUCGGCUUACAUUGCGGACGCGAAUGCAUGUAUCCGAUUUAUUUCCACAUAUUAAUGAGGCCUGAAACCGAUCUGAGAAUAUCGGAAUCUGCGCUUUUUGCUUGCUUAUACGUUUGUGGGUCAAAUCCGAUCUGUGCCACAUGAGGGAAAAAAUCGGAAUCGAGUCACUUCAACAUGCAAUGUAAAUGUGGCAUUACAGUGCAUUCAAGUAUUAUAUUUUAUAAGUAUAUUUGAUCAUUGGAAAUCAAAUCAACAACUUUUAUUCCAGUCCUCUACCAGUUGAGCUACAGGAAAAGGAAGUUAAUCCCUGCUGGAGAGAUUAUUGCCUAGACCAGCAUGGUUAUCCAUAUGUUGCAGUGGCAGCCAGUGACUUCUUUUUUUGAGGGAGCACGAUGCGAAGUUCGUCACAACAUGUAUGUAGCCCGUCAUCUGUGUGGUUCGUAAUUUCAAAAUAUGUGUUCUGCGCGUCAAGUGUGCAUCACACGUCUUGUCAAAAUAAGUGCCUGCUGCAGACUAAAGGGUUUAUGAUAAAAGAGACGGACUUCAGAUGGGUUUUCACAGACAGGGGUGUCACCAGUUGUGAACUAUAUGUGACAAGCAACCAUUAACAAAAGAAAAAACUCCAUGGGAGCUGGAAAAUAAGUAUUUUUCACAAAAAAGUAUAGUGUCCCUUUAACUUCUACCUUAAACUGCUCCUGAUCUGUAAUAGACUUUUCAGAAACGAUUUGGUAUCAUACCAUUCAUUUUUCCUUAUAACUGUCUAUUCGUAUUUUCAUGUUCUUUUGUUUAUGUUUCAGAGUAUCUCAAUUAUUUUGUUUGUGUUUGAUGUUUGUGUUAAAGGUCCAAUGUGUUUUUUUUUUAGUGGCAUCUAGUGGUGAGAUUGCGAAUUGCAACCAACAACUCACCCCUCAAUUUCAAAAACCCAUAUGGUAGCUGCCAUAGGACAAACAUUUCGUUGUCUGAGACCAUGCAAAGACAAAAUGCCCUUUGAAGAGCAGUUUGUCCGUUUAGGGCUAUUGUAGAAACAUGGUGGCAACUUCCAUAAGGGGACCCAGGGGUGUAUGUAGAUAAAAACGGUUCUAACGGCUACAAUUCAUUAGUGGUGCAACGGAUCGCAGUUGAUCCGUGAUCCGUACGGAUCACGACCCACGGUUCGGCUCGCAUGUGAUUCGCGGAUUAAUACGCAAAUUUAAAUAGGGAAAGUUUAUCAUUUGUAAGUGUUAUAAAGGUUUGCAAAUGUUAACAUUCAAGUGAUUUUAAACAGUUUAACUGCAAAACGGCGCUAAAGUGAUCAGUUUACUUUACGCACAAACGCACGCGUGCGGUUGAAUGCGUCCGGUCCAGCUCGAGUCAGACAUCAUCCUUCAAAGAUCAGAACUCUUGAUGUGUAAACUUCAGAGAGUUGCGCUACUCUCUCUCAUACUGUAGUGUAUUAAAAUACAUUUGGCUAAUAGAGCAAUGAAAAACAACGUAACGUUUUUAUGUGGGACGACUAUAAUGCUACGCCGUCUGUAAUUCGCCCUCUGUCUGUGUCUGUGCGCUCGUUUAAGGGGACUCGGUAGUGCACAAACAGAGAGAUGCAGUCUGUGCAUAUUUGGUCUUAAAGAGACAGUAAGCUCAAUUGACCUACUUAAGUCUGUGUCAUUAAUGUUAAUCAAACAACCCAAGACAAAGAGAAAAUCACUUCUGAAGCUUUAAAAAAAUAAUUACAUUUAAUUAAUACAAUAAAUGCAGUGUUAUUAUUCAUUAGAUUUCUGUAACUAAUGAUUUUAGACCUUACUUAAUGUGCAACCUUGUUCUUUUUAUAAAUGUUUGUAAUUUCUUGAUUUGUUAUUAGAAUUUUCCCAUACUUUUUUUUGCUGAUCCGAAAAAUGAUCCGAUCCGUGCCUCAAAAUCCGUAAUGUGAUCCGAACCGUGAGUUUUGUGAUCCGUUGCACCCCUACAAUUCAUUGUUUAGGGUCUUUAUACAUCACUGAAUAUUUAUGUAUAUUAUAUUCCAUUUCUGUCCCACACUGCACCUUUAAAUAAUCCUCUUUGUUAUGAAUUUUGAAAAUUCGUGUUAUUCUACAAAUGACACAUAAACAAUAGUCAGUGGAGAUACACGUGUCUCAGCCCUUUUGUACAUAAAAGAUAAAACUGUACCGCCAUCCUGCAGAAUAAAGAGAAAAAUGCACCUUGUUUUUGUUGAAACAAGCCAAUGUUUUAAACUACCUGUGUAUCUUCAGAUGUUUUAAGAAUACUUUCUGUUUAUUUUAUUUUGUUGUGUUUUGUGUUGAUUUUUCCUCUGUUUUAAGUAGAUGUAUCUCAUAAUAUAAAUAAACAUUGUAUAAUUUUCUAUCUUUA